UCUUCACACUGUUCAGUGUGAGUUCACACAUCCACUGAGAGGAGGAAUGCUGCAGUCAUAACCAACCAUACUCGAAUCUCAAAAAAAUCAUCAUUCCAGUCAGCACACCAUGGCUGGCUUCAGACAGGAGGAUGUGGAGCUGUAUUAUGAGAUGGGAGAGGAGCUGGGCAGCGGACAGUUUGCCAUCGUUCGCAAGUGCAAGGAGAAGAGCACAAGUGUUGAGUAUGCAGCCAAGUUCAUCAAGAAGCGGCGGCUGUCUUCCAGCCGGCGGGGGGUGAGCCGCGAGGAGAUCGAGCGCGAGGUCAACAUCCUGCGGGAGAUCCAACACAGCAACAUCAUCACCCUGCACGACAUCUUUGAAAACAAGACAGACGUGAUCCUGAUCCUGGAGCUGGUGUCCGGAGGAGAGCUCUUUGACUUCCUUGCUGAGAAGGAGUCUCUGACGGAGGAGGAGGCCACCCAGUUCCUCAAGCAGAUCCUGGACGGCGUUCAGUAUCUACACUCCAAACGCAUCGCUCACUUUGACCUCAAGCCUGAGAAUAUCAUGCUGCUGGACAAGAACGUCCCCAACCCCCGGAUCAAGCUGAUUGAUUUUGGGAUUGCUCAUCAGAUUAAAGCAGGAAACGAGUUCAAGAACAUUUUUGGAACUCCAGAGUUUGUCGCUCCAGAAAUAGUCAACUAUGAGCCACUUGGACUGGAGGCGGACAUGUGGAGCAUCGGAGUAAUCACGUACAUCCUGCUGAGCGGUGCUUCACCAUUUCUGGGUGAGACGAAGCAGGAGACUCUGACAAACAUCUCAGCCGUCAACUACGACUUUGAUGAGGAGUAUUUCAGCAACACCAGUGAGCUGGCCAAGGACUUCAUACGCCGUCUGCUGGUCAAGGAUCCCAAGAAGAGAAUGAAGAUUGAUGACAGUCUUGAGCACCCCUGGAUUAAGGUAAUAAAGAGGCGAAAUGUUCGCCAAGAAGAGAGAGACCACAAGACUGAGCGCCGACGCCUGAAGACCACCCGUCUGAAGGAGUACACCAUCAAGUCCCACUCCAGCAUGCCACCCAACAACACAUACGUCAACUUCGAGCGCUUCUCUCAGGUCCUCGAGGAGAUCGCGGCAGCGGAGGAAGGCCUGAGGGAUCUGGAGCGCAAUCAGCGCUCGUGCCGGGAGGACGUGGCGGCGCUGCUGUCCAUAUAUGAGGAGAAGGAGGGUUGGUACAAGGAGGAGAACCAGAGCAUCUCCAGCGAUCUGAGCCACAUCCGCCAGGAGCUGCAGCGCACUCAAGUUCAGCGCAAGAAGAGCCAGGAGGAGGCGCGGCUCACCAUGCAGGCCGCAAACAUCCUCAAGCGCAAGUACGGGCGCCUGGAAAACCGCUACGAGGUCCUGGCCGAGCAGGUGGCGUCUGAGGUCCGCUGGGUGGAGGAGCUGGUGAAGUCCAUAUCUGCAGAGAAGGACGCCCUCAGCAGCAUGCCCUGAGCCCGGCGGACGUCCAGCAAUGACACUUUGAAUCUCAAGUAUCCUCCUGCCCGUCUUCUCUGCACGUGUCUCGCACAGCAGAGUUCGAGUGGGUCAGUUGUCAUCAUAAGCUACGCUGCUGCUGCCCAUCGGGAGAAAUGUUCCACUCUUUUUAUGUUACGCUUGAGACAACCAGCAAGAAGCAGAGAGGCAAUAUACGGCUCAUUCCUGUGUUUCAUAAGUUAAUUUAUAAAUUUAGAGAUUGUACGAACUGUUUUUUGACAAUUAUUUGCAACCUUAUCGGCUUUUUUUUUCUUUUUUUUUACUUUUUUCUUAGCCUGGUCAUCUUUUCAGAAACGUAACUAUACCUGAAUGUCCUCAUGCUGUAAAAUAAUCUUUUCAUUUUCUUUAUGGCUGCAAAUACAGGGUUUCCCACACAUUCAUUAAUUUGUGGUGGCCUGCUGCAGUUAAAUAGUCUGCCACCACGUAUUGAUUUUAUAUUUUUGGAGCUGGACCGCUCAGUAGGGGUGCUGUUGGAAUAUAUAAAUCGUUCAGUUAUUUAUUAAGCCAUACUCAGAGAGCACAGAGUCUACUCUGGGCACAGACGGAGCAGCAGAUUGUCAGGUGCAGUGCAAGUGAAACUUAAUGGUUCAUUACACCAGAUCUAAAAGUUUCAGUCAUUUUAAGUUUCGAUCUGAUCAGCUCUGACUAGACGGAUAAAUUAUCCACUCUGCCAGUCAAAUUCCUCAAACCGCUGCUGAGGGAAAAUAUUAUCUGAGUUCCACCUGUGCUUUGUUCACUGACCCGCAGAAAUGUCUGAAUUAAUCGGUUAAUCAUUUUGCUAAUAAAAUGUGAGAAUAAUGAAACGUCACAUCCUAAAAUGCUUUUUUAUCAAACUAAUAUUCGAAAAAUCCAGAGCUUUGGAGUUUAUCAUGUAUGAAAGAAACGCAUUCAAUUCUCACAUUUUAGAGACAUAAAACUGUCUAAUGUUUGCUAAAUGAUGACUCGGGUAUCGUAGUUUUCAAUUGACUAAUCAAUCAGUUCACUACUUGUUGCAGCCUGUUUGCGUUUGCUUCAGGUUACGGAGGACGCCUCACAAUAUGCAUUCAGCUUAUAGUGUCGGGUUAUCUUGGUUCAUUUCAGAGUCGACUGCAGCUGACAUUAAUUCUCUCUCAUAUGUCUGCACAGAGUGUCGACUAUAAAGGAUGCAAUAAAUAUAAACACUCAGAAUAGAAAAUAAGAUUUAAGGUCUAAUGCUUUAUUUUACAGGUCUGUGAAUUUGCUGAUUUUAAGAUAAUUUUUUAAGUUUCCUGGUAAGAAGAAAAUUGUGGAACUGUUAUAUUAGUUGGUUUACUGACUUUCAGAAGAAUUUCCAUGAAUUAAGUUGUUCAUUUAAACCCCAGUGAAUAUUUAUUCAUCAUUCAGUUAAAACUUUGCUAAAUUUGUGCGUAUUUUGCAGGUCCAGUUUGCCCACUAUCCUCUUGACUGAAAGUCUCAAGGAUGCACAGACUUAGCAUUUGAAAAAAAACUCUGUACUGAACCAGCUGAUCACUCUCUAUUUUACCUAUAAUUAACACCAAGUGACAAGUUUACUUCCAGGAAACCUCCCAGAAAUGGAUUUGGAAAUGAUUUUGAAUUCACAGACCCGUGAAAAAGAAAGCGUUUAUUUUGAAUGUAUAAACUCAUCUCUGCAGUGCCUGUAAACUGAUCGACCGUAUUGCCUCUGCGAGCACUCAUCUGUCAUGGAGUUAAUGACAUUUCUAUCACAUUGAUAUUGCUCAACGUCUUAUAACGCAACAACUUUUGCACAGUAGCCUUGUAAACCAAAUAGUGUGCAUGGAAACUUUCUCUGUAUACUGUAACCGUUCGUGUUUUUCACUCCGACCAUCUCUGCACACUCGAAACAUUCCACUGAUGAGUUUCCCAUCCAGGCGACACAUUCCCCACGUAGAACAUAUAUGUGAUAUAGUCCGUAGUAUUUUUCAGUAGAGAAAUGUACUCAUUUGCACUUAAAUGAUUAUAGCAGUGUUCCAAAAUCUAUUUUAAACGUCUGUAAAGUGUAAAAGAAAGAGCAGACCUGUCCGGCUUGCUUCAAAUAAACAAACUUAUCACUGCU